AUGUCUCCGGAUGAAGCGGAUCAGUGGCUAAGAGAUAUAGAGCGGAUCUACAACGCUAAGAGGUGUCCGGAUGACAACCGAUUAGCCUUUACAGAAUACUUGCUGACUGGUGAAGCUAGUCACUGGUGGACGAGCAUUAAAGUCAUUUUGACGGACGCUCAGAGUCCCAUUACUUGGGCGGUUUUCAGAACUAAAUUCUAUGAAGAGUAUUUCCCGGACAGCGUGCGCUUUGCUAAGGAAGUUGAGUUUCUACAGUUGGUACAAGGGGGGACGUCCAUCUCGGAGUAUACCAACAAAUUUAAGCAUCUGGUCCGUUUUAAAACCAUGGCUACAAGUGAAGAAUGGCAAUGCAGGAAGUUUGAGAACGGGCUGAGGAGUGAUUUGAAGGUAUUAAUAUCCAGCUUGUGCAUUAGAUCAUUCCCUGCUAUGGUCGAGAGAGCAAAAGUGUUGGAGAAGAACGUGGCUGAGGCAGAGCAACAGAAGAAGCAACAAUUGAGUAGGGGGCCGGUUUUAGCAAGAAAUACUUCUACUAUGAGAAGACCCUCGUACGUUCGUCCAACUCAAUCCUCUGGUGGAUCACAAGCCUUGGUUACUGUCGGCCAAUCUGGGCAGCAGAGGAAUUUGACUUGUUUUCAGUGUGGAGGACCGCACUAUCGGUGGGCCUGUCCUCAACUGUCUGGGGGAAAAUACUGCAACAGAUGCAGAAGGAAUGGACACUUAGAUCAUGAGUGUAACAUGGGAGGCCGUGCGGCAACAAGGCCGCCGAACGCUGGAAGAACACAACAAGGGAGAGGUGGACGUGCGUAG